UGUCGAAGGCAAUGCAGGACCAGUAUCCCAAGGAGGCAGCUGAAGACUUCCCUCACGAUGCAAUGGCCAUUACGAAAUCGCAGCUCACGAGCAAGCUCAAGAACAUCCGUUCUAAAUACCGAGGGGCAGUGGACACAGGGCGUCGAAGUGGCCAAGGGCGUGUGGUGAUGCUUUUUUAUGAGCUUUGCCAAGAGAUCUGGGGUGGCUCGCCCGCUACGCGCUGCAUUGAGGGAGCCAUGGAGACUGAUGACCUUUUGGAGUCGCCGGGGUGCUCGACCCCAACAAUGGAGUCGCCAUCGCCACAUUCUGAGGAAUCCAGUAACUGCCUUCCUCCUGCUGUUGUGAAACAGCGCCGACAUUUGCUCCAGGCAAAGCUCGACAGCCACAGAAAGGACCGGCUGAAGAGGAAAGCUCGGCCUGACCCGGUGGCGGAAGCCGAGGAGGACCGCCAAAUGAAGAGGAGGAUGGUGGAGCUGGCUGAGGAGUCUGCAAGAAGCUACGCCGAGAGCACAUUGCAAUUAAACUCCAACAUUGCCAACAUCUGCAGCACUAUCCAGGACGGCUUUGCCUUGAUGAGGGAAAUGAUGUACCGACCGCCACAACAGACGCAAUAUGUACCCCCCCACAGCGGACAAUACAAUAGCUACCCCCAGGGCCGUUGCAACAAGUCCUGGGCCCCUAUACAAGAGGAGCACCGUCUGGAUGGCGAACGCUUCCAGCGCUAUUUGAGGCUGACUCCGGCCCAGUUUGAUGACCUGCUAGCUAGGAUCGGUGCUAGGAUCUCUCGGUUGGACACCAACUACAGGCGCUCCAUCUCAGCUUCGGAGCGCCUGUCCAUCUGUCUCCAAUACCUAGCCACUGGGGACUCCUACAGGACCAUCGCAAAUAGUUUCCGUGUUGGGAUCUCCACUGUCUCCAGCAUUGUCCCUGAUGUUGCCACUGCAAUCUGGGACUCUCUGGUGGAGGAGUUCAAGGCUGUGCCCAGCACAGAUGAGUGGAGGUCCAUUGCAGGGAGGUUUGAGGAGCGGUGGUUCCUCUUUGCUCUCUUCAGUCUGGCACCCUCCAACUGCCUGCCAACCUGCCACUACCAGGAGCUGACCACCGAGGACCACAGCCGCAUGUCUUUGUGGCUGAUGAGGCCUUUCCACUUUGGAAAAACCUCAUGA